AUGGAGGAGGUGAUGGAGGAGGUGAUGGAGGAGCCCUCCUCUCUGCUCUUCCCCCUCCUCUCACCCUCCUCUCUCUCCUGCCCCCUCCUCUCUCUCCUGCCCCCUCCUCUCUCUCCUGCCCCCUCCUCUCACCCUCCUCUCUCUCCUACCCCCUCCUCUCACCCCACCUCUCUCCUCUCUGCUCUCCCCCUCCUCUCAGCUACAGAGUCUGUGGUAGUUGUCCUGGAGAAGACGUUCCCCCAGGACCCACCUGUUGUCCUCUUCCUCCUCCUCCUCCUCCUCCUUCUCCAUGGAGACCACACCUCAGUGUCAGAGCUGCUGCUGCUGCUGAGAGGAGGUGCAGGAGAGGAGUCCAAACUCCGAGAGCGGGAACAACAUGGACGAUUUGGGGAAUGUCGCUGUCAGGAACAAUCAGUGGCAAAGGCUGUUGAAAUGGAACAGGAGGAGGAAGGAGGAAGGAGACGCAGAGGAGCAGCACAGGAGGAGGAAGGAGGAAGGAGACGCAGAGGAGCAGCUCAGCGGUUUGCAGCGACUGACAAAGUUUAA